CCGGAAUAGGGGAUCCCACAGACACAAAACGAGGGGAUCCCACAGACAAAAACCAGGGGGAUCCCACAGACAGAACAUAUGCCAUUAAAGGGGUAGAGGACUCAGGCAGUUAACCUGCCGAGGUAAAGGGGUUGAGAACUCAGGCAGUUUACCUGCGGAGGUUAACCGCUCUUUCAGAGACAACACAAAUCACAUCGAUCUGUUCGUCCAACUCUGAGAAUUAACCAAGUCGACCACCAUGGCAGAGGAUGCCAAUAAAGAACCACCCACCAAAAAGGAGGAGGAUCUUGAAAUGAAAGAUGAGGAAGUGGCCAAAGAUGGGGAUGGCGAUGCAAAAACGGAAGAAGCGGAAAUAAUGGUGGAUCCUACGGUGGAUCUGGACCCAUCCAUCGUCAAGAUACUCACGGAAGAAAUGGGAUUUCCAUUGAUUCGAGCCCAAAAGGGACUUUUGAAUGGCAAUGCUCGUACCGUCGAUGCUGCCAUUGAAUGGCUGACGGAACAUCAAGAUGACACAGACAUUGAUGAACCAAUUCCAUUGCAAGAACCCAAAGGUGGUGGUGGUGUUACUGCUGCUCAGUCGUACCGGUGCAAUGAAUGUGGGAAAAUCUUGUCCAACAUGGCCAAUCUCGAACUUCAUGCCAACAAAACGGGCCACAGUGACUUUGAAGAAUCUACAGAGCAUGUCAAACCUCUGACACCGGAGGAAAAGGUACAGAAAAUUGCGGAAAUCAAAGAACUGCUCAAAAAGAAGCGGGCCGAACGAGAGGCUGAGGAAAAAGUGGAUCAUGUGCAACGAGAAAAGAAUCGACGAUUUAUGGGAAAAGAAAUGGCCAAAACUCGGGAACAAAUGGAAAUUGAACAACGGAAGCGAGAUGCCCUCCAGCGAAAGAAGGAGAAAGAAGCUGCCAAGCGGGAGCGAGAACGUAUUCGUGCCGAGCUGGAAAAGGACAAAUUGGAGCGUCAAGCCAACAAAGGAAAGCUCUCUUCUCGUUUGGGAGUGGACGGGUACAACCCAGACGGGAUCCAAUACGACAAGGACACAGAUAAGCAAGAGGGUGAUGCAGCAGCAGCAGCAUCACAAAAGAAGAAGUCUUUGGGGCCCAGCGCUGCCAAAAUCGAUGAGUACAUUGGAAAGGUGUCCAGCUACCGGGCAGGUGGUGAUGGGCUCAAGUGUCUGAAGAUUCUGAAGAUCUAUGUUUCAAAUGUUGUCGACAAUCCCACAGAAGAUAAGUUCAAAUCAAUCAACAUGGAAAACAAAGCGUACAAGGCCAAAGUAAAGCCCUUUCUUGGGGCCAAGAGUUUGCUCUUGGCCGUGGGAUUCAAUGAAAAUGAAGGAGGAACAGCACUAGUUCUAAAGGAGGAAGCAGAUCCACAAGUGCUGGCAGAUGCCAAAGCAAAACUAGAAGUUGCCAUCAGCUCAUACUAGUCAUCUGCUCCCUGACUGCCAUUACUAACCUCAUAAAUAAACUUGUCCUAAUUAGUAUUCAUCAUCAUCC